CAAGCGACUUACACCCGUCCAACUGUGAGUCCUUCCAUCGGGGCACGGGUGACGGGCACGCCAGGUGCGGCCACUUACGUGAAAACCACUAGCGGCAGCAUCAUCACAGUCGUCCCCAAAUCGCUUGCCACACUGGGAGGCAAGAUUAUCAGCAGCAACCUUGUUUCCGGUAACUCCUUGAUGAAGACCUAUUUUCAGCAAAAAGGAACUACCACCAAGAUCACUACAAUCCCAGUUACUUCUAAGCCCAAUGUCAUAGUCGUGCAGAAAACAGCAGGAAAGGGGACCACUAUUCAAGGUCUGCCAGGGAAAAAUGUAGUCACAACGUUGCUAAACGCAGGGGGUGAGAAAACUAUCCAAGCCGUUCCAGCUGGAGCAAAACCAGCCAUCAUCACUGCCACCCGGCCCAUUACGAAAAUGAUUGUCACGCAGCCGAAAGGAAUUGGCUCCAGUGUCCAGCCAGCGACCAAAAUCAUCCCCACCAAAAUUGUAUACGGACAGCAAGGGAAAACUCAGGUCCUUAUCAAACCCAAGCCGGUGACCUUCCAGGCCACGGUGGUCAGCGAGCAGGCGAGGCAGCUGGUGACUGAGACGCUUCAGCAGGCUUCCCGUGUGGUGGAGACAGGGAACGCUUUCCUGCCAGAGGUGAAGGAAGAGCCCCAGGCGUAUACUGACAGCAGUUCCUCUUCUAUGGAGUCCACCCAGGGUUCCCAAGAUUCCCAGCCUGUGGUCCAUGUCAUUGCUUCUCGAAGCCAGGAUUGGUCAGAACACGAAAUUGCCGUCGAUUCCAGCCCAACCAUAAUCUACCAAGAUGUCUCUGGUGAAUCUCAAUCAGCAACAUCAACAAUUAAAGCCUUGUUGGAGCUCCAGCAAACGACAGUAAAAGAGAAGUUGGAAACCAAGCCCAGGCAGGCAACCAUCGACUUAAGUCAAAUGGCCGUCCCGAUCCAGAUGACCCAGGAGAAGCAGCAUUCUCCAGAAAGUCCAUCGAUUGCCGUGGUCGAGUCAGAGCUUGUUGCAGAAUACAUCACCACAGACUCUGGAAGGCUUCACUGUGUCCCUUCACAUUCAGAAGAGUAUCUUCAGAACCACAUCGUGAGCCACCGGUCACAGUCCCACCAGCCAUCCUCUCAGCCCCAGCGGACCCUGCUUCAGCAUGUGGCCCAGUCCCAGACGGCGACACAGACCUCAGUCGUGGUGAAAUCCAUCCCCACCUCCUCUGCUGGUGCCAUCACCCACAUCAUGCAGCAGGCCCUGAGCAGUCACACGGCCUUCACCAAACAUAGCGAGCAGCUGGGCACCGAGGAGGGGGAAGUGGAAGACACGCUGGACCCCCAGACGGGGCUCUUCUACAGGUCCGCCUUGACGCAGGUGCAGAAGCAGCAGAAGCUGAGCCAACCCCAACUGGAGCAAACUCAGCUGCAAGUCAAGACCUUGCAGUGCUUCCAAGCCAAGCAGAAACAGACUAUCCACCUGCAAACCGAGCAGCUCGCCGCCAAGAUGCCCCAGAUGCCCCAGCUCUCCAUCCGACACCAGAAACUAGCCCCUCUCCAGCAAGACACUGCUCCCACCAAGCUGGACCCCCAGCAGGCCAGCGCCCCCUCCGUCACCCGCGAGAGGCAGCUGCCCACCUUGGUCGCCCAGCCCCAGCAGACUGUGGUUCAGGUGCUGGCGGUCAAAACCACGCAGCAGCUGCCCAAACUUCAGCAGGCCCCCACGGCACAGAAAAUCUACGUCCAGCCCCAGAGCCAGCUGCAGCUCCCUGCCGCUCCCGAGAAGCAGCCCACAAGCCAGGUGCACCAGCCCAUAAUAACCCAAGGAUCUUCUGUGACAAAGAUCACUUUUGAAGGGCAUCAGCCCCCCACGGUGUCCAAGGUAGCGCCGCCCCUCCCGCCCCUGUUUCCUGGCCAGGUGGCUGCAAAGACGGCGGUGGCGGACAUUUUGAAGAUGUCCAUGAUGGAAGCCCAGAUUGAGCCCAGCGGUGACCGGGUAGGAGCGGAUUCUGCACACAAGGCUUCCCCCUCUGCCAACCCUCCCGGCGAGGCAGAGUCACCCCCCACCUCUGUGCUGAAGACAGCCCCGGGAGGGGCGCCUGCGGCAGGGACAGCGUCCGCGUUGCAGCAGGCGAAAGGCUUGGACUCGAAUUUGAGCCCUCCUGGCGUGGGGCUGCCUCCGCAGGAGAGGAAGACGAACCCCCCAGUUCCCCCCACCGCGAGCCAGUUUAUCCGCAUUCAGAACGUGGCGCCCCCCAAAGCCGAGGAGCUGGCUGCAGAGAUCCUAAUUCAGACAAUCCCACAGUAUUCGGUCGCCUGCCAUUCCACCUCCAACGUGGUGGUGGAACCCAGUGGUCUCUUGGAGUUGAACAACUUCACCAGUCAACGCCUUGACGAGGAGGACACCGUCAUGGAACAGGACAUUGACAGCAGCAAUGAGGAUGGGACGGAGCCCAGCCCGAUGCAGAGUUCGGAACAGACCUAGUGCAUUUCGGAUGCUUGGAUGCACUUUAAGGCAACAGCCAGAGGUCCGGCUGUUGGUGUCCAAGAAGCUCUUCUGUUAUUCAUAAGAAGCACUUUGCCUAUCCGAGGUCUUUGAACCCGCUGACGGCCGGCGUGUUAACGAGACAGUAUUGGUGAGACGGGAUCGCAAAAUGGUUUUGACAGGAGAGGCCUCGUGACCGUUCUGGGGCAACCGUUCGACAGUAGAAUGUAUUUUCGUUGAAGGCGAGAACGCGAAAGACGUGCAGUGAUUUUUAUUUUUUAUUUUUUCCACUAAGGUAUAUUGAAGUUUCGUUUGCUGCAACAUUCUGGAUUCUCUCUUAAAAUGUUGUGGUGUUUAAAAAAAAAACAACAGCACCCAAACUAAUCCUCCCCAACCCCUCCCGAAGCCACAAACCGAAGUCUGAGUUUGCAGUUGGACGAAUUUUCAUCACAAAGAGAUAUUUGUGAUUUUGUUUUAAAGACUAGCAUGUCGAGUCUCUCAAAACUGAUAGCAGAGAGCAUUCAGACAUGCUGCCUUAUGCAGGGGGGAGAAAGGCGGGGAGACCGUUUCCCUACGCUGCGCCUCUUUUUCAUUUCAAAGUAAAUUUCAAGAUAUUGGCCUUUAAAACAAAACACGCUGUCCCAAAAUUCUCAAAAUUGUGGGUGCCACGCUGUGAUGACGCUUCUCUUCCCCUGACUUCCCAGAUUUUUUUUUUCUUUCUCUGACCCACAGAUGAAACUAUUUGCAGAGCCCCAUCCUGAACCUGCUUCUAUUUAUCUAGGCCAAAAAGAAGAAUGCUUCAUUUUCCCACUCCUGGCCUGUGAAACAGAGCCAGGCAGCGUUCAAUAUCUUUUCCUAUUUAAGCUGUGAAACGAGAAUUGGUUUAACAUGGAGGACAUUGGACGUCUGAGGUAGAAUUUGGGUGCAAGCAUAAAUAUUCGGACUCAACUUUCAUUCUUAAACGCAACUUUUUUAAGAAAGGAAAAACAACCACACUUUUCUUACGAUUAUGUGGGGACUUUAAAAAUGUACUUUGCCCUUUUAAUAGUUUUGUUUGACUGUAUUUAAAGUGAUCCUUCUUCAGUCUAAUAGUUUUAGUUUGCACAGGAGAUACAUUGGGGGUUUGCCGUGGCUAAAAAGUCCAGAUUAAAAAGAUACAAGAAAAAACAACCUUAAUAAUGAAGACAUGGCUUUUAUACGUGUGCGUGCGCGUGCGUGUGUGUUUGUGUGUGAGUAUGCGUAUACCCACACAAAAACUGUACAUAGGAAGUUUUUAACUUUUUUGUAUAGAUUUCAUUAUAAAUAAGCAUUUUACAAUUUUUGAACUAUCUUGUAUAUACAACCCUUCAGUUGAACUGCUGUUUGUGUUCGGUUCGGUUCUUGGAUCUUUUUCGUUUCGUUUUGUUUUUCGGUGCUGAAGUACUACUUUGAGUAGGCGCUCUUCGAAAGCUCUAAUACAAUUUGUGUCAAUAUUUUUAUAUUGUGAUUUUAGUGUUUUGUAAUUAAACCACCAGUAGACAGAAAACGCCGCUGGCUGAAGUUUGAAACCCGGAAGUCUGUUUAAGUGUCGUGUCUCGGUUCUCGCUGCAGAGGGCACCCUCGGAUGGGCUUCACCGUCCCUCGAGUGCCACGUCCUGUAUAAAGCCUUGC